AGAAUCGCGUGACGGGAUAGGCGGGGCGAGGGGCAUUUCCGGUGGGCGGCCGCCGCCAUCUUGUUUGUCAGGGGAACCAUACAGCGGGGAGAGUUGGCUGUGAGACACACCAAGGGCCUCUGUCUGUCUGUGUGUGUGGACUUCCUAAUCCUGGAGAAGGAGGCAUCAUGAAGGCAUUGAACAGCACAGGCUGGCUUUCCUCUGUUAGAAGACCGGCAUGACUGUGGGGCUGCGCUGGUGCUAUUUCCUCAGCAGUGGGGAGCAAACCUGAAGGGCAUCGUUCAAGCAAACAGCUGCCUCUAGAGAAUUGUCUUUGCAUCCCAUCCCAGCAGAGUUGCUACUGCCCACCUCCUUCCCAAGAUGGCAGAUCUGAACCGGCAAUUGCAAGAAUACUUGGCCCAGUCUAAGGGGAGCAGCGGCUCAACAGUCCCGCCGGCACCUCAGAGCCCACCGCAGGAUAAAACGGAGGAGCCUGGGUCCGGUUUGGGAGCUUGGUUUGGCCGGGUGAAUCCUUUCCCCGCAACGGGAACGUGGCCUUGGGCAGCUGAGCCAGAGCCAGACCCGUGGCUGCCCACAGGUCUGUCCCGCUGGCAGCGCCUGGUGGGGAGCGCCUUGUGUCUGCUGCUGGCCGUUCUUUGCUUUGGCCUCGCCACCCUCUAUGGCUCACUGCUGCUGCUCAGGAAGUUUGCUCUCCUAUGGUCCCUGGGCUCGGCCUUCGCACUCGGUGCCGUCGGCUUCCUGCGGGGCCCGAGUCGUCUCCUAGGGGAGCCUGACCGCCGUGGCCUGGCUCUUUUUUACUUGGGCUCUUUGGCUGGCACCCUGUAUGCUGCACUUGGUCUCCGGAGCACCUUGCUUACCACUCUGCUUGCCGGCGUCCAAUUGGUGGCUGGUGGCGCCUAUUUGCUGGCAUCACUGCCUGGUGGUGCCGCAGGACUACGCUACAUUGGUGGGUUCUUAACUGGUUUUGUGCGGCGGCGUGUGUCUAAAACACUCCCAGUGUGAGGGCAGUGUGAGCUGAGCGCUCUCCUGGAUAGAUUCCUAUGGGGGAAGAAAGCUGAUGUCUCUGCUGCAGAGUCCAGAGACCUGCUGUAAGCCAGCGCAUAACACAGGAUGCAACUUCAAAAAUUAGUGAAAGGAAAACACCCAGUGCUUCCUUUCACAGACAUGGUUGUCUCAACACCAGAAGCGUUGCCGUGUUUGCUCUAAUUUAGCAGUUUUGUCCUUUAAAAGCCCAUUUCGUAUGAUCUCUCUUUACUUCUUUUAACAUUAAUGGAUUAAGGAGCAUGGGGGCUAUUUUGCAGACUGUGAUCCCAUGCCUUCGCCUCUAAUCAUUUGGGCUCAUAACAUUAAAAAACCCUAUUCUGGA